UUUUUUUUUCUCUCUUUCGCUUAAAUCAUCUUGUUUCCAGCAUUGAAUGGCAAAGUUAAUCAUUUCUUUAUAUUAUCAAUUCAAUACACAUGUCAGAAACCACUCCAAUUUUAAACAGUAAACAGCCCACAGGCUACAGACAUGAAUUAUCAUGGCUGGUUAAGAAUGCAAUGCCUUUGGUUCUAAGUUAUUUAUUACAAAACAGUCUUCAAAGUGUCAGCAUCAUUACAGCAGGCCGUUUGGGCCCACAUGAAUUAGCUUCUGCUACACUUGGGAGUAUGUUUGUGACCAUCAGUGGUUUAUCUGUUGCUACAGGUGCUACCUUAUCUCUUGAUACUUUAUGUUCUCAAGCAUUCACAAGUUCAGAAGACAAGACAGUCGUUGGUCUUCAUGUUCAGCGUUGUUUGGCCUUCCUGUCUUUACUCUACAUUCCUCUUGUUGGUAUCUGGUGGCAUGCAGAAUCCAUCUUUUUGCUAUUACGUCAAGACCCCAUGGUUGCUCAAUUCGCCGGUACGUAUGUACGUUGGAUGAUCUUGGCAGCUCCUGCAUUUGCCUUAUUUGAGUCUCUUAAGAAACUACUCCAGGCACAAGGCUUAUUUCAGGCACCUACCUAUAUCUUAUUGAUGACAGCACCUGUCAAUCUAUGGCUCAACUAUCUGCUGGUUCAUUCAUCAUGGUCGCUUGGUUUUCAUGGUGCUGCUAUAGCAAGUUGUAUUUCGUAUUGGUGUAUGGUCGUCCUUUUGUUUGUCUACAUUCAAUGUGUGAAUGGCUACCAAGCCUGGCCUCGAUGGUCCACAGUAGCAGCAUUUGAUACCCGUCAUUGGAAACCCAUGGUUCAAUUGGCUGUCCCUGGUAUUCUAUUGAUCUGUACAGAGACAUGGGCCUAUGAAAUCAUUGCCUUAGGAGCUAGUUGGGUCGAUACCAUCAAUUUAGGUGCUCAAAGUGUGAUCUUGACAUCCAUCACGGCGUUGUAUACAUUGGCUUUCGGUAUCGGCAUUGCAUCUGCUAAUCGGGUAGGUAAUUUAUUGGGUGCUCAAAGACCUCGACAGGCACGUCAAGCAACCCACACAGCUUUAGGUGUCGGUGUGAUGGUCGGUGCAUUGAAUGCAUGCAUGUUGAUGGUCUUUCGAUAUGAGUGGCCUUAUAUCUUUACAACAGAUGAACAAGUGGCCAGUUUAGUGACCCGUGUGUUGCCUUUAGUGGCUGUGUUUGUGUUUGCGGAUAAUAUUGCUGGUGUCGCUGAUGGAGCAUUGAAUGGUAUGGGACGUCAACAUGUGGGUGCUGUUUGUAAUAUGGGUGCUUAUUAUGUAUUUGCUUUGCCUGUUGGGUUUUGGCUUUGUUUUAAAAAGCAAUGGCAACUUGCUGGUUUAUGGGUUGCUUUAGCGGGUGCCUUAAUUGUUGCUUGUCUUUAUACUGUCAUUGUGCUGCUAUGUUCCAAUUGGAAAAAGGAAGCCGAGAAAGCAGAAGAAAGAUCGAAACUAGAAGAGGAAUAAAGUGACUAUUUUUAUUGAUUUAA